UCCCUUUUUUCUUUACAAAUUUCAAAAUCUCAUCACUGAAACAAAAGCCCUAAAAUCGAACAAACCCUAACCCCUCUCUUCUCUCUGUGUUCCUACUCGAUCCGCCACCAUUAAUCCCCAAUGAAGAAGAGAAGUCGGGAGCCCAAACCCUUAAUUCCAGCUCUCGCCGCCGCCACUGGCCCCACCCUCAUCAAGCACUUGGCCUCGUGCAGCACCUCCGUCAGAUCUCAAUCUCUGCGUCUGCUUCAGUCAUGGCUCGCCGCCCAAUCGCAGCAGCUCUCCGACUCCGACGUCAAGAAGCUCUGGAAAGGCCUCUUUUACUGCCUCUGGCACGCCGACAAGACCCCCAAUCAGGUUGCCCUAAUCGAUCGUCUCAUUUCUCUCUUCCAUUCGCUGCAGCCCGCCGUUUCAUUGGAGUUUUUCCGCGGGUUUCUGGUCACGCUUCGCCGGGAAUGGCCCGGAAUUGACCGGCUGCGGUUGGAUAAGUUCUACUUGCUCAUACGCCGUUUUGUUAAAGCCUUGUUUGGUUUGAUGAGGUUGAGGAAGUGGGAUUUGGGUGUUUUGAGGGAAUAUUUUGGGGUUCUUGAGAGUGAUGCUUUGUUGGCGGAUGAUAACUUGCAGGGGAAUGGGGUGAAUUAUCAUCUGGCGUCUGUGUUUUUGGAGGAAUUAGCGGCUCUUGGAUUUCCGGUGCAGAAGGAGGUGGUUGAUGUGAUUUUGGGGCCAUUUUUUGCGGUUUUGAUGAGGGGAACUGAUAAGAUUUUGUUAGGGAAGGUGAAGAGUAACCUAUUUGAUGAGCUGGUAAAGGCGGGAACUGAACUUUUGUCGAAGAAGAAGUUGGGGGAGGGUUGCGAUGAAAGCAAAGGGACUGCUUUGUUGGGUGUGGUUGCUUUGAAGAUGUGUUUGUCUGGGAAACUUUAUGAGGUUACUUCGUCUGUCGAUUGCAUUCAGGGAAAUAGGAAGGUUGUAUUGGGGCUGCAUGAGCAGUUUUUGAAGCUGGAGAAGGAAUUAGAAUCAUCUGGUAUUGAAAUUUGUAUACCUGAAUACAACGAAGAUGAUGAUACAGAGGUUCCCCAGUUGAUACCUGUUGAUUUUGAGGAUAAUGUGGACGGAGGGUCUCAGGAAGGAACUACUGAGGAUGUGGUUUGUGAUGAUCAGUUGGAUAAUGAAAUGGAGAAGAAGAAGAGGAAGAGUAAGAAGGCUAAAAAGGGGAAAGAUGGGGAUGAUAAGAAAAAGAAGAAAAAGAAACGAAAGGGUGUUGAGAAUAAAUUAUCUGAUGAAGCUGAACAAAAUGGUGAUUUGAUUAGUGGCUCUGAGAAUAUGGAAUUGGAUAGUGGUUCGGGCGAUAUUCUAAGCAAUUGCAUGGAGAAUGAGUUGAAUGAAACCGUGAUACUGAAUCUUCAGAAACAGUUUGAGAAAGUUGCUGCGGAAAUGGAUCCUGAAAGUGGUGAUGAUUCAGAUUCAUCCCCUGUUCCUGCAAUUGCUAAGAAACCUAGUAAGAGAGCAAAGAGGGCAAAGGUGGAACACGAACAGGAGCUUGGUGAUGUGAACACUAAUGAAACUGCAGAUAGUGGAGAUCAUGCUGAUGGAAAGAGUGCGGAGAAGAGUUGCAAGAAGGUUAGGUUUUCCAUGAAGAACAACUUGGUUUGGAAGCCACAGACUCCUCUGCCUCCGGAGAGUCUAAGGUUACCUCCAUCAGUUACUCCUAGGGGUAGUGCAUUGAAGAAGGGGGUGCCCCCAGGACCCGUUGUGGAGAUGCCACCUGCCAAGAAAAAGGCCAAGAAGAAGAAAGCUCAAAAUAGAUUGAAGGCGAGGCCAUCAACCAUGAUCAAGAAGCGGAAGAGGGUGCAACCCAAAUCAAGCUGAUGGUGUUGCAGAUUAUUGUGACCAGCCUGUCUAACUUAUGGGAUUUCCAUUCAGAGCUUCGCCCAGGAACUGAAAUAGGAAAAAAAAGAUGAUAAAAUACCUAGUGUUUCAAGAAAACAGUGCCAAAACUAUUUUAGAAGAUGUAUAUGUUCUACUUGCUUUAUAUCACUUUGUUGGUUGAUGACUGUAUAACCUGUUGAGUUUAAUACGAGUUUGGGUGAAAGUGAAAUGCCUUUAUUAA